AUGCCACUUUUCGAGAACUUUUCCGAUUUGCUCUACUGGACUAUUCGGUGAGAGUUUUUUUGGGCCUUAAUUCAAAAUUAUUGAGAUUUUCAGAAUUCUAGAACUAAUUUCCCUAAUUCCGAGCCUGAUACUGACCUAUUCGUUUUGUCGAAUCGCGUGCCAAACGCGUAUUUUUCACUUCAACCUAACUAUUAUCCUAAUCUCAAUUCUCGGCCAGUGGUUCGAGUGCUUCGUUGCCAGACUGCUCAUAAUUCCAUAUCAAGAGGGAUGGAUUGCCAUCAGGGAUACUGUAGUUGAAGGUUAGUGUCUAAGGGCGUCUCGCCACGACAAUACCACCCGACAAGUUUCCAGACGCGAAAAGCGGUGUUGUCCGAGUGUCCGUCACGUUUAUACCCCUUCUGAUCGGCGGGUUUUUACGGACCCAUUACAUUUUGUCAAUUUCCCUCGUGAUUCCGUUGGUCGUCAUCGAAAGGCUCAUCGCAAGUCUCUUUAUUCGGUUAGUUCGGGCCUAAAAAUGUAUUUCGUCUAGAGCCUUAUGUUUUCUUGAUUUGAUUAGUGUGUAACUGACCCGGUGUCGACCUUGUGAACUGCCACGUGGCGCUCGAGCACAUUUCCGAUCAGCUGACUUCAAAAUUGAAUUCAGAAUUAGUGAAUAUGUCAAGUGCUUCAUUCACAAAUUGUUGUUUUUCCCUACAGAACAUACGAGAAGCACCCGCGAGUGUACGUGUCGACGGCGAUGCUGCUGUCCUCGCACGCAUUCUCCAUACUCGUUUCCUAUCGAACCAUUCAAUGGCACUAUUCGUAUCUUCAAAUCUUGCUCACACUCGCCAUAGUCCUCAGUGUCACAGUCAGCGUAAGUUAAAGUCAUGCGUUUGGUUGGUAAAAAACGCUUGUUUUGAAGACCUUUACGAUAUUGUACACUUACAAUUCGUCGGUGACGCGACGAUUGGAACGACAGCACCGGCGGUACGGAUACCAUUUGGGAAAGCGGUUCCAGGCUCGCGAGAAUUUACAGUCGUUGAAGGUAUUGUUAUAAGAAAGAAACGUUGAAUGGCUGAAAGUUUUCAGCUGGUCCGUCGUCUUACUGUUGUCGCGCUCGUCGCUUUUUUAGUGAUCGCUCUUCUGAUAGCCCUGGUUUUUUCGCAAAUUUUACCGAGAUCAAUGCAUAGGAUUGGGCUACAACUCACCGAGGUUAUUAUGAAUUUGUAAGUUGUGUUAUUUGUCAAAAAAAAAAAAUGUUAUAGACUUUAUGAAAACGCCCCAAAUAACGACAAUAUCUUGCAGAAACCCUCUCUUCAUAAUCCCAUCGACAGUGUCACGGAUUCGGCCGUGGAAGACCAAGUUGCUCGAAGUGAUUCCGUAUGGAGUUCGUCGGAAAUUCUCAGGCGCCCAAAGUGUUCGACCGUUGGACUAUCGGGUCCGGACCCGAAACGACACGAGCACGUACUGGCGACAGUUUGCGAGCAGUUGGUCUUAGACAUGUACAAUACUUUUUCACUUCUUUUUACAUACUUUCUAUUGUGUGAAACGCCCGAAAAUCUAUCAUUUUCGUAUCCAUCAUUCUUUCCUUCUAUUAUCGGUCUUCUCAAUAAAUUCCGAGAAGAUAGAGCAAGUUCGCUCUAUUGAAGAGCGGUUUAAAUGUGUUGCCAGGCGACACACGCGACACGUUUUGAAAAGAAUCUCAUUGGUCCGCCCAAUCAAUCAUUUUCACCUGCUGUACAACUCUUUUCACCUCGACCACUUUCAGGAAAGAAAAUGCGGCCGAUCCAGCAGCCGAUAGUACCUACAAUUAGAGUCUACGGGUAUCCAAUGACCAUAGGGACCACGGAUAUUUAUGUAGAUGCAGCCCAAUUUCCAGCCAGACAAAUCAACUUGUGUUCUACGCCACCAGAGCCUAGAUCCAGCAACUGACGAUGGGCGGAGAGCCGAUGUCGUGGCACACUUGCUUGUUCGUUGUGCAUCGAGGAGUACGGUAGCGAGGGAGCCAGGGUGAUUGUGUAAGCCGAUUGAUUUACUCAAAAAGAAAGAACUUUGCGGUUAUGAGAUUUGUUUGCCUACUCGUUCUCCUGAAAAGCCGAAAACUAUGUGCUCUCCUGGCUUAUGCUUACCCCUCAAUUACCACAAACACCAUUUCUAACCAUUGAUUCCAUAAUAGCCCCAAAGGAUGAGUAGAACUAUGUUUACCCCGCAAUUCCGAACCGAAAUCUUUCAAUCUUUCCCAUCAAUGCCUAUUGUGAUUGUGAUUAUCGGCUACCAUGCCAUUCUUUAAAUGUUAAAUGCUGCAAUGACACUUGAAUAAAUCAGAAAUACAAGCUUUUCCUCGGAUCCCUUCGUGUGCAAGAAUAAACCGAGUUGCUAUAAUCCAAUAAGCUCUAAACUUUUCCGGCUUCUGGUACUUGGGUUUAAGUAUCUUGGCGCCAUGUUUCAGUUCGAUUGGACGAUUUAUUCUGGAGAUGUACUAGUUUCAUCUACAGUUCUGACAGUCCUGCUAAUGUCUUACAAUUGCUGUAACAGACUGACCGUAAUAUAAAAGCAACGGGUGGUCGUUUCCCCCUCAACGAGGUAUUUCUAGAUUUAUCACUAUAUCAUUUCCCUGUGUCAUUUACAAAGGUUUACUUGCCCGACUUCAAGAACUGUGACUGAUGUUCAACUUUAAACAAGAUUCCUUAUUCUGAUGUGUAGUAGUCCUACAAUAGUCUAACGACCAGUACCCUCUCUUCCCUCUCUCUCUCUCUCUCUCUCUCUCUCUCUCUCUCUCUCUCUCUCUCUCUCGUACCAUGCCGUCUGCUGUGAGCGCGUUGUUUUUCGAACGUUUACCGGCCGAUUUGUAGUGUUCUCGUCUCCGAUUGCGCAAAAGACUCUUCUACAAAUGCCCUCUAUUACACAUCUAUUACACGGACAUUUCGGCGUUCGUUUCGAAUCCAUCCAAUUGUUCUCAUUUCAGGUUGUCAUCAUCAGAACCAUCCUAAAGUUAUACAGGUGGGGUUUUAGAGUGUGUGACUCUAUUUUUAACCAUAUCUCAUUUCAGAGUCCCAAACGAACGAGAACUCACCGCGCUGAGAGCCGAACACGCCGGAGUGGACGCUAUCAACAGACAGGCAAUUGAUCAGUUGAAGACCGAUCUCGCAAAAGCCGAAGAGAAUCGCGCCGGGGCCUACAAGCUGAUCGUCGAGACGAGGCAUAGCAAUCAAGGCCUCAGGGAUGAGCUCGCGACGCUUGAGGACUCGGCAUAG